GAGAUGGGAAGGAGGCCAUGCUGUGCCAAAGAAGGUCUAAACAGGGGAGCAUGGACUGCUUGGGAAGAUAAAAUCCUUAUCAACUUCGUUAAAGUCCAUGGUGAAGGGAAAUGGAGAGACCUGCCUCUGAGAGCUGGGCUAUUGCGAUGUGGGAAGAGUUGUCGGUUUCGAUGGUUCAAUUACCUAAGGCCAAAUAUCAAGAGAGACAACUUUUCUCUAGAGGAAGAAGAACUCAUUAUCAGACUACAUAAGCUCCUCGGUAACAGGUGGUCAAUUAUCGCCGGGAGAUUACCGGGGCGAACAGAUAAUGACAUAAAGAAUUAUUGGAAAGUCAAUUUAAGCAAGAGGAUGCAAGGUGACCACAAUGCUCAUGACUCUAAUAAACAAGAUAUUGAAUUAAGAAGUAAGCUGGAAAGUACAUCAGAUCAGUCGAAUCGAGGAGUAAGACCAGAAACUCACCCAGUUAUGAGGCCAAAAGUAGUAAGGUGUACAAAGGUAGUAAUCCCAUUAGAACUAGAUCAUGAUAAGCCUAUGGACAAUGAUAAUAUAGUCCUCGAUUGGAAUAGGGACUUCCCAAGUUCUUCAGCCAGCCAGUUGAAGAAAAAUUCCCACGAAUAUUUGUUGGACUUCGAUUUUAAUGAGCUUUUGAUAUCAGAUAUUCUAUCCACAGAUGGGCAUCAAGAUAAAGAAAGAAAUGAACAUGCAUAG